CCGCGGGGCCCCGCCGGACAUGGAGCGGGCCCGGGCCGCCUGGGUGCUGCUGCUGCUGCUCCUGCUCCUCCUGCUGCCGCCCGCCCUGCCCGCCGCGCCGGGAGAAUUCGACCCCUACCGAGUGCUGGGGGUCGGCCGCGGCUCCAGCCAGGCCGACAUCAAGAAGGCCUACAAGCGGCUCGCCCGGGAGUGGCACCCUGACAAAAACAAGGACCCGGGAGCAGAAGACAAAUUCAUCCAGAUUAGCAAGGCCUAUGAGAUUCUCUCCAACGAGGAAAAGAGGGCAAACUUCGAUCGCUACGGAGAUGCUGGGGAAAGCCAGGGCUUCUCUCAGCACCAGCAUCGCCAGUUCCACCGCUUCCACGACGGCUUCUAUUUCGACGAGUCCUUCUUCCACUUCCCUUUCAAUUCCGAGAGACGCGACACCUCCGACGAGAAGUAUUUGCUGCACUUUUCCCACUACAUGAACGAAAUCGUGCCGGACAGCUUCAAGAAACCUUACCUCAUCAAAAUCACCUCGGACUGGUGCUUCAGCUGCAUCCACAUCGAGCCCGUGUGGAAGGAAGUCGCUCAGGAGUUGGAGGCGCUGGGAGCGGGAAUCGGCGUCGUGCACGCAGGGUACGAGCGGCGCCUCGCCCACCACCUGGGUGCCCACAGCACUCCCACCCUGCUGGGGCUCAUCAACGGGAAAAUAACCUUCUUCCACAAUGCUGUCGUUCGGGAAAACCUGCGGCAGUUCGUGGAGAACCUUCUGCCAGGGAACCUUGUCGAAAAGAUUACAGAUAAAAACUACAUCCGCUUUCUGUCUGACUGGAGGAAGGACAACAAGCCCCACGUCCUACUGUUCGAUCAUAUGCCAGUUGUGCCAUUAUUAUACAAGCUGACUGCCUUUGCCUACCGAGACUACCUGUCCUUUGGGUACGUGUACGUCGGGCUCCGAGGCACCGAAGAGUUGUCCAGUCAGUACAACAUCAACGUCUACAGUCCCACCAUGAUGAUCUUCAAGGAGCACAUCGACCGGCCUGCUGACGUUGUGCAGGCACGAGAGAUGAAGAAGCAGCUCAUUGAUGACUUCCUUUCUCAGAAUAAGUUCCUCAUGGUGGCCAGACUCACCAACCAGAGGCUGUUCCAGGAGCUGUGUCCCGUCAAGAAGUCUCACCGUCAGCGCAAGCACUGCGUGGUCUUGCUUACUGGGGAAGGAGAUAAGUUUGCUGAGGCUUACGAGGCCUUUUUGACUUUUGCUGUGGCCAACACAAAAGACACACUGAAGUUUGUGUACAUCUACAGCGAACGGCAGCCGGAGUUUGCAGACGCCUUGCUGAUGGAUGAGGAGAAGUACCGGGGAAGAUCAGCUGUGGUCAUUCUGGAGAGACGCAAUAACGCGGGGAAGAUCGCCUACAAAGCCUUGGAGGAGGCCUGGCAAGGCAGCAAGGAGGACAACUUCAUCCUCCUGGAUCUCCUGGACCAGCUGAGGACGGACCCUGGCCUGCUGUCAUCAGAGACUGUCGUGGCAGACCUGAAUGAUGAGCUGGCUCCUAUGUUCCUUAUCCGAUGGCUCUACUCCUCGCUGGACUACAUCUCAGACUGCUGGGACAGUUUGUUUCACAGUAACUGGCGAGAAAUGAUGCCGCUGCUGUCCUUGCUCUUCUCCGCGCUCUUCAUUCUCUUUGGCACCGUUAUUGUUCAGGCUUUCAGUGAUUCGAGUGACACGAGGGACUCUCCGCCCUCGGAGAAAGAAGAGACCGCCGCGAAGACAGAGAAGAACGACGUGAGCUUCAGCAAAGAGAGUAACAGCAGGAUUCCCAAAAAGGGCUUUGUUGAGGUGACUGAGCUAACGGACAUCAACUACACCAGUAACUUGGUGCGCCUGAGGCCGGGCCACAUGAACGUUGUCCUGAUCCUGUCCAACUCGACCAAAACACCCCUGCUCCAGAAGUUCGCCCUGGAAGUCUACACAUUCACAGGGAGCAGCUCUCUUCACUUCUCCUUCCUCAGCCUGGACAAGCACCGAGAGUGGCUGGAGUACCUGCUGGAGUUUGCGCAGGACGCGGCCCCCAUCCCAAACCAGUACGACAAGCAUUUCCUGGAGCGCGACUACACGGGCUACGUGCUGGCUCUGAACGGCCACAAGAAAUACUUCUGCCUCUUUAAGCCUCACAGAUCAGGGGACGAGGGGGGAACCCCGGGAUCGUGCGAGGAUUACAAUGCCUCGCUACAGGCGGAAGCCAGAGGGAAACCCUCCUGCAGCCCGGGAUCUAGAUCCAUUAAAAACAAAUUACACAAAUUGUCCUUCUGGAUGGAACGCCUCCUAGAGGGUUCCUUACAGAGGUUCUAUAUCCCCUCGUGGCCCGCGCUAGACUGAGGGAUUUUACAGAGAUUCUAAGGGACAAACUUUUUAUGAAGAUGACAAGGGGACAGCUCUUUCCAGGAACACACAAACAAGCGUGAUGAAUGGACCUUAGGUUUUAGGUGAACCCUCCUGGGGCCGGAGACUAAAACGUAUCUCCCCCCAUCCGGAGCCCGGGAGCGCAGCCAAGUGCACCCACGUGCCCUCCACCGACCCGCCGUGUGCUCGGACGCCGUCCUACCGAAGAGCCAAGAAGUCUGUUUAUUCCCUUCUCGUCCUGCCACAUCUGCUUCCCGAGUCGCCCCUGUUCCAUCUCUUGUUUUUACCUCGGUCGAA